CGUUCACGUGUGCAGGAUCCGCGUUCACUCGUCACCCGUCAAGCUGCUGCAACUUGCGUGAAGACCCCGCAGAACAACUUGCUGUUGCAUUAUUCACCCAAACACGGGCAGACUGCACAACAACUGAGAGAUGUGGAAGUCAGUGGUGGGCCACAAUGUGAACAUGAAGGUGGCUGCAGAGGGGGACGACUGGGAGACUGACCCUGACUUUGAGAAUGAUGUGUCAGAGCAGGAGCAGAGGUGGGGGGCCAAAACCAUCGAGGGCUCGGGACGUAAAGAACACAUCAGUGUUGCAGAGCUCAGAAACAAGGUCACUGAGGAGCAUGAGCAGGUAAAGCAGAAGGAGGACAUUCCCAAAGCGUCGUACGGAUAUGGGGGGAAGUUUGGAGUGGAGAAGGACCGAAUGGACAAGGUGGCUGUGGGUACCGACUAUGUGGCACAGGUUGAGAAGCACUCUUCCCAGAAAGAUGCAGCGAAAGGGUUUGGAGGGAAAUAUGGUGUUCAGCAGGACCGUGUGGAUAAGUCUGCCGUUGGCUUUGAAUACAAAGGGGAAGUGCAGCAACAUGGAUCUCAGAAAGAUUACUCAAAGGGUUUUGGAGGAAAGUACGGUGUCGAGAAGGACAAAGUAGACAAGGCAGCUUUGGGGUACGACUACAAGGGUCAGACUGAGAAGCAUCAGUCACAAAAAGACUAUGCUAAAGGAUUUGGAGGGAAGUACGGGGUGGAGAAGGAGAAGGUGGACAAAGCCGCCGUGGGAUACGACUAUAAAGGAGAAACAGAGAAGCAUCAGUCACAGAAAGAUUACUCAAAGGGAUUUGGAGGGAAAUUUGGCGUUGAAAAGGAAAAAGUCGACAAAGCUGCGUUGGGGUACGAUUACAAGGGCGAGACGGAGAAACAUCAGUCACAAAAAGAUUAUUCAGCAGGUUUUGGUGGCCGGUAUGGUGUACAGGAAGACCGCAUGGAUAAGAGUGCAGCAGGCUUCUCAGACAUGAACUCCCCAACCUCUGCUUAUGAAAAGACACAGCCAGUAGAGGCUUCGAGUGCAGGUGCAGGGAAACUGAAAGCACGCUUUGAGAGCAUCGCCAAGGCUUCAGACGAGGAGAACAGGAAGAAAGUGGAAGAAGAGAGGGCGAGGAGGCAAGCCAGAGAAAGCAGAGAGCGAGAGGAGGCCAAACGCAGACAGCAGCAGCAGCAGCAGGAGGAAGACAGCAGACAGCAGGAAUCUAAACCACCACCAGUUCAACAUGUGGAUCCAGAGUACAACAGGCCACCACCAGAAAUCCACCGUCACGUUCCAGAGAUUCAGGAAAUGCCAGAGCCAGAGCCAGAGCCCGAGCCCGAGCCCGAGCCAGAGCCCGAGCCCGAGCCAGAGCCAGUGGAGGAACCGGAAUAUGAUGAGCCCCCGGCCUUGCCUCCACGCUCAGAUGAGUUCACAGAACGGGACGCCCCUCCCCUGCCUGACAGAUCAGCAGAUGUGGAUACUGAUGAAGGAGAGUAUGAAGACAUUGGUCAUCCCCCUCCUGCUCCUCAGCCAGAAGCUGAGGAUAACGAAUAUGAAGACCUGUCUGGUGGCCAAAAGGCAAUAGCAAUUUAUGACUAUGAAGGAGAGGCAGAUGACGAGAUCUCCUUCAAUCCAGAUGAUAUAAUCCAUAACAUAGAGAUGAUUGACGAGGGCUGGUGGAAGGGACAGUGUCAUGGACGUACUGGUCUGUUCCCGGCCGCUUAUGUUCAGCUCAUCAAGUGAGCAACACGCUCCUGAAGUCUAUUUUUGCACAAGCUUCACUUAAUUAUUAGAAACUUUUUUUUUCAGUUUUUUCAAGAGAAGGAAGAAAUUUGUAUUCAAUGAUUAAAUCACAUUUUUUUAAAAAUCAGCUGAUUUGUGUAUCUCGCUUUAAAUGUGGUGACAGAAAAAGCAUCAGGACGACACGUUGACCAAACCUAAUCAGACCUUAACUGCAAUGAACUGAUGUUAUGUGACCUCAGAUUUGCACUUUGCUACUGUAAUCAUACUGUUAUGACCUGAAACAGUUCUGCUAUUCUAAUAAACAAUUCCUGGCAAA